AUGGGAAUCGUUGAAUUGAUCACAGCUGGCUUAUCAAGUAUGGAUUUUAAUCGAUGGCAUUCUUUUCAAUGUUAUUUAAAAACAUUAGAUGGACAAGCUGCUGAAGAUUCCGUACAUAUACAAUGUAUACCAUCUACUUAUCAAAGGACAUUCUUUCCAAAUGUUACUGAG